GCCUUAUUAUUUAUUACUGUAUCAGUUGAACUUGACUUAAGUCAGGAAAAUUUAUGGGUUUUUUUCUCUUUGUCCCUUUCCAGAAUGCCAUUGAAUUAUUUGUAAACAGGCUUGAUUCGGUGGAAUCUGUCCUUCCUUAUGAGUAUGCUGCGUUUGAUUUCUGUCAGUUGGAAGAGGAAAAGCGUCCAUCAGAAAACCUUGGCCAAGUACUGUUUGGUGAGAGGAUUGAGCCAUCUCCAUACAAGUUCCAAUUCAAGAAACAGGAGGUGUGUAAACAUGUAUGCACAAAAGAAUAUAACAUUGGGAAAGAAGAGGACAAAUCAAAGUUGAUGUUUUUAAAAAAUGGCAUGCAUUUAAAUUAUCAACAUCAUUGGAUCAUUGAUAAUAUGCCGGUCACAUGGUGCUAUGAUGUGGAAGAUGGGCAGAAAUUUUGUAACCCGGGAUUUCCCAUUGGUUGCUACAUUACAAAAGCUGGCCGCCCAAAAGAUGCUUGUGUCAUUAGCACUUCUUUCAAUGAGAAGGACACUUACUAUAUCUUCAAUCAUGUGGAGAUCACAAUAUAUUACCACAGCGAAGUUGAAAAUGCUGGAUCAAGACUUGUGGCUGCUAAAUUAGAACCAAAAAGCUUCAAGCAUGCACAUAUCGAUAAACCUGACUGUUCAGGACCUCCCAUGGGAAUCCCUAAUGAAUUUAAAGAGAAAAUUAGUAUCGCCUAUACAUAUUCCGUUAAUUUUGUUAGAUCGCCAAUUAAAUGGGCAUCAAGGUGGGAUUAUAUUUUAGAAUCCAUGCAUCAUACAAACAUUCAGUGGUUUAGCAUUAUGAAUUCUUUGGUAAUUGUCCUAUUCCUUUCUGGCAUGGUUGCCAUGAUCAUGCUCCGCACCUUGCACAAGGACAUAGCAAGAUACAAUCAGAUAGAUUCAACUGAAGAAGCCCAGGAGGAAUUUGGGUGGAAAUUGGUCCACGGUGAUGUCUUUCGACCACCCCGGAAGGGAAUGAUUUUAUCUGUUUUUCUGGGUUCUGGUGUUCAAAUCUUUAUCAUGAUGUUCAUUACUCUGUUUUUCGCAUGCCUGGGAUUUUUAUCUCCUGCAAAUAGAGGAUCCUUAAUGACUUGUGCCGUUGUCUUGUGGGUGCUGCUUGGAACCCCAGCAGGCUAUGUAGCUGCCAGGUUUUACAAGUCAUUUGGCGGUGAGAAGUGGAAAACAAAUGUAUUAUUGACUUCUUUUUUAUGCCCAGGGAUUGUCUUUACUGAUUUCUUCCUCAUGAACUUAAUUCUGUGGAGAGAAGGAUCUUCAGCUGCGAUUCCUUUUGGUACAUUGGUUGCUGUUCUGGCAUUGUGGUUUGGAAUUUCUGUGCCUUUGACCUUUAUUGGUGCCUAUUUCGGCUUCAAGAAGCAUGCAAUAGAGCAUCCUGUUCGCAUUAAUCAAAUCCCACGCCAGAUCCCUGACCAGUCAUUCUAUACAAAGUCUGUGCCUGGAAUCAUCAUGGGUGGCAUACUGCCUUUUGGAUGCAUCUUCAUUCAGCUGUUCUUUAUUCUCAAUAGCAUAUGGUCUCACCAGAUGUAUUAUAUGUUUGGUUUCCUGUUUCUGGUGUUCAUUAUUCUUGUCAUUACUUGCUCUGAGGCAACUGUUCUUCUCUGUUACUUCCACCUUUGUGCUGAGGACUAUCACUGGCAAUGGCGUUCAUUCCUAACCAGUGGAUUUACAGCAAUAUAUUUUUUAAUCUACGCAAUCCAUUAUUUCUAUUCCAAACUACAGAUAACUGGAACUGCCAGCAUCAUUUUGUAUUUUGGAUACACAAUGAUAAUGGCACUGAUCUUCUUUCUUUUCACAGGAACUAUUGGGUUUUUCGCAUGUUUCUGGUUCGUGUCCAAGAUCUACAGUGUUGUCAAGGUGGAUUAAAAGAAUUACCUUUGAGGAAAUAUACAUAUGUUUAACAGGACUUGCGUUUACCAAAUGGAGUUGAUAACCUGCAGAUGGAUGAAUCUGGUUGACUCAGAAGAACUGUUGUACAGAAUACUGACACAGCAUUUAUAUUUCAUAUUCUAAAACUUGUUAGGCUAAAAGCAGUUUGGAACAAUUAGACCUCUAUUGGGUUUGGAGAAAAAUAUCUCCAGUUCAUCAUUUAUGUUGAAUCAGAUUUGAAAUAUGUUGCCUUUCCAUUUAUAUAUUGUGCUUCAAUUUGUACAAUUACUUUGAAAGACACGUGUGAAACAAUAAUGCUUAAGUAAAUUGUACACACUUUCUGCUUGGAAUGAAGAUCUCUAAUAUUUGAAAGCUGAGAACAAUACACUGAAAGUCUGGUUUCUAAUAGUUUAAUCAGAAAUCUAUUUUGUGAUUUUCUUUCCAUACUUUCCUACUUUUUUGAUUAAUUGGUUUGAAGGAUGACACAUUUAAAUGUAUGGGCAGUUAAGUCUGCAUGACUUUCCUCCUUUGGCCUUAAUACCGUGAGGUAUUGAGAACUUUUGUUUUAACAGUUGCAGAGACAGGCAACUCAGUUGACCAUGUAAAUGAUUAAUGCACUAUUUUCUGGGGUACAAUUUCAAAGUCAUUAUUUACAGAGCUUUUCAUAAUUUAUUGGUGUUGCGAUGCUAACAAUACUGUCUCUUCGUUGUUGGCUGUGUUGCCAUGGUGAAUCAAUCACCACGAGAGAAAAAUGAAAAGUACCUGGGUGUCCAAUGAUAUAUAUUUAUGUAAAGUUGAACCUUGAAUGGAUUGUUGAACAAUUUGAAUCCCCAGGACUUCCUGACUUGCUCCAUUGAUCACUGUACUUUCCCUCUUUCUCGCUGGUACUUUUUUUUCUUAAUCCUGUUUUUGCUACUACAAAGAUGUCUAUUGCCUAACUCGAUGAAAACGAUAAUAUCUUCUUAAAUUGUCUUUGCAAAUUCCUUGCAAUCCUGUUUCAACUGUUUUGCUCAUUACGCUUCAAAAUAUUUUCCCACUUGCAAACUUGCGGUGUCACCCUCUGAAGCGGAAAGAAGGUAUAAGGAUUUUAUUUAACGGCAAAGAAUAAAUGUUACUACAAGAUAUAAAGGAAGCCAGACUGUAGAGGUGGAUAUCCUUGGCGUGGAGAGGUGAGAAGAGAGUAAAACUGUGAAAAAUCAACGGUGUUUUUGUCGCACUCCUAAUUUUUUUUUCUCUCUUGAUUCUUUGUUACACAUACAUAAUAUUAUGGAAUUAAAUUAAGAGGAUUAAUUUUACUCCUUAGCUCUAUAUUUGGAGGUGAAGGUUUACCUUUGUGAUUUUGUUCUCCUUUAGAUGGUUAUUUGAAGAUUUGACGGGAAUACGUUUAUUGUAAAUAAUGUUUUCUAUGACAGAGCAAUGGUGAUUUGAUUUAUGAAGAAUAACUUAAAUAUGCUUUAAGAAGGUUAUGCUGUUUUUGUUAAUGGUACAUUUUUUAAUGGGUGGUCAUUGUUGAAUACGGUAUCUUUAUAUUUUUUAAUGAUUUGGGAAGAAACUAUGGCUAACAGUUUUCAAAAUUCAGUCUCGUUGAAUAAACUUUGUAAAAAAGAA